ACGAUAAUGUAGUUCCAAGGUGUAAUAAUGCAUUUGCUCUAGUAUUUCUCAAUUUCUCUAGAAUAUAAUAUUAAUUGUUCCAAGUCUAGACCCAACAUAUAAACCCCACCAUGCAACAUAUGUAUUAUUACGUGUAUAUAACUAACACUUAGCUUUGGUGUUCAACAUUCUCAUAUCCACGAAAGCAUAAAUUCAUAAACGUUGAAACAUUUUUAUUUCUCGAUUGGAGCUAAAGAUUGGUCAAUAAUGGAGAUUGAAUCGGUGACGUGCGAAUGUUGCGGCUUAAUGGAAGAUUGUACACAACACUACAUUAGUAAAGUCAAAGCUAACUUCGCCGGAAAAUGGCUUUGUGGGCUUUGCUCCGAGGCGGUAAGCGACGAAUUUAGCCGUAGUUCGAAGACGGUGGAGGAAGCUGUUAAUGCUCACGUGUCGUUUUGUGGCAAGUUUAACGCUAACCCCGCAGAACUUGUCGCCGACGGCAUGAGACAGAUGCUACGAAGGAGGUCCGGUGAGUUAUCACCGAAGACGUCCAAGAAGUUCGGAAGAUCUAACACCACGUAAUUUGUGUAGCCUAUCUUUUUCUCACUUUUUGCCUUAAAGUUUUGGCUAAUGUAAAAUAUAAUAAAAGUAAGUGUGGCGAUGAUUGGUUGGAA